AUGAAGUUUGGAUACUCCGUGAUUUUUGCUUCUAUGCUCGGUCUCUUUUCUACAGUCUUUGCUGGAAAGGUUUAUAUAUGCCCAACUAGUGUACAGAUUCCUGAAGAAACCGUUAACGCCGCCGUCAAAAACAGACUAGCUUUACUGGAUAAUGGCCAAAAUACUUAUGUGAUGGCUGGGAAUCUUAUCAGUGUUAGACUUCUGAACCACUCGAUUGGUGACGUUUACUAUGGAAUUAGAGCUUAUAUCAACAUACAAGACAGAACAUUUCAAGUACUUGAGGAGGAAGGUGGAAUUGGAAAUGAACAGAAGUGCAGCCUGAUGGAACAGUAA